UGGGCGGAGCCCCAGCGGCUGGUGCUGGUGGCGGCCGCCGAUGCCAGAGCUUGAGCGCAGCGUCUGUUGCCGCGGGUUCCUGCUUCCCAGGGCGGCGGUAUGCUGGGGAAAGGAGUCGUCGGCGGUGGCGGCGGCACCAAGGUGCCCAAGCCUUCCUUCGUGUCGUACGUGCGCCCCGAGGAUAUUCACACAAAUGACAAAGAAGCAACGGAAAAGGAAGUAACUCUUCACUUGUUGCCAGGUGAGCAGCUGCUCUGUGAAGCCAGCACAGUACUGAAGUAUGUCCAGGAAGAUUCAUGUCAGCGUGGGAUUUGUGGGAAACUUGUCUGCACAGACUUCAAGAUUGCUUUCUUGGGCGAUGAUGAAUCUGCCUUGGAUAAUGAUGAUAUUCAGUUUAAGAAUAAGGUUAUAGGAGAAAAUGACAUCACACUCCACUGUGUUGAUCAAAUUUAUGGAGUGUUUGAUGAGAAAAAAAAAACUCUCUUUGGACAACUGAAGAAAUAUCCCGAGAAACUCAUCAUCCAUUGCAAAGACCUCCGGGUAUUCCACUUUUGUCUGAGGUACACAAAGGAAGAGGAAGUCAAAAGGAUUGUCAGUGGCAUAAUUCAUCACACCCAGGCUCCUAAACUGCUUAAACGAUUGUUUCUGUUUUCCUAUGCAACUGCGGCACGAAACAGUACGGCCACAGAUCCCAAGAAUCAUACUGUAAUGUUUGACACACUUAAGGACUGGUGUUGGGAGUUGGAGCGGACCAAAGGCAGCAUGAAGUACAAAGCAGUGAGUGUCAACAAAGAUUAUAGAGUCUGUGAAAGGUUGCCAGCAUACUUCGUUGUUCCCGUCUCUCUUCCUGAAGAGAAUAUUCUACACUUUCAGGGUCACGGCAUACCGAUUUGGUGUUGGUCCUACCACAACGGAUGUGCUCUUAUGAAAAUGUCAGCACUGCCCAAAGAACAAGAUGAUGGCAUUUUACAAAUCCAAAAAAGCUUCUUGGAUGGAAUUUACAAGACCAUCCACAGGCCACCCUAUGAAAUUGUUAAAACUGAAGACCUGUCAAGCAACUUCCUCUCCUUGCAGGAAAUCCAGACUGCAUACUCUAAAUUUAAACAGCUAUUUCUGAUAGACAAUAGUACUGAAUUUUGGGACACAGAUAUAAAAUGGUUUUCUCUGCUGGAAAGCAGCGGCUGGCUUGAGAUAAUCAGACGUUGCCUUAAAAAAGCAAUAGAGAUUACAGAAUGUCUGGAAGCACAAAACAUGAACGUUCUUCUUUUAGAGGAGACUGCCUCAGACCUCUGCUGUAUCGUCUCCUCUCUGGUGCAAGUGAUGAUGGACCCCCACUGUCGAACCAGGCUUGGUUUCCAGAGCCUCAUCCAAAAGGAGUGGAUCAUGGGCGGUCACUGCUUCUUGGAUCGCUGCAACCAGUUACGCCAGAAUGACAAAGAGGAGGUUCCUGUGUUCCUGCUCUUCUUAGAUUGCGUGUGGCAACUGGUCCACCAGCAUCCCCCAGCCUUCGAGUUCACGGAGACGUACCUGACUGUUUUGUCAGAUAGCCUGUACAUACCUAUUUUUAGCACCUUCUUCUUCAACUCACCUCAUCAAAAAGAUACUAACCUGGGUAGGGAAAGCCAGGAUACACAAAGCAAGCCUUUGAAUCUGCUCACCGUGUGGGAUUGGCAUGUACAGUUUGAACCCGAAGCCCAGAUGUUGCUCAGAAACCCUCUCUAUGUGGAAAAGCCAAAAGUGGACAAAAGCCAGCGGAAAGGAAUGCGUUUCAGACAUCAACGACAGCUUUCUUUGCCACUCACCCAAUCGAAAUCAUCUCCCAAAAGAGGAUUUUUCAGGGAAGAAACAGAUCAUUUAAUUAAAAACCUUCUGGGCAAGAGAAUUAGCAAACUUAUUAAUUCUUCUGAUGAGCUACAAGACAACUUUCGAGAGUUCUAUGACAGCUGGCAUAGCAAACCUGCUGACUACCAUGGCUUGUUGUUGCCACACAUAGAGGGAGCAGAAAUCAAAGUCUGGGCACAAAGGUACUUGCGUUGGAUUCCAGAAGCCCAGAUCCUAGGAGGUGGCGGAGUGGCAACUAUGAGCAAACUCUUGGAAAUGAUGGAGGAAGUACAGAUCUUACAAGAGAAAAUAAACGAGAAACACCACAGGCAGGUGGCCCUCCAGGCAGAGGCCCCUGCCCUGCUGAGGAAUUCUGCCCGCCUAUCCUCUCUGUUUCCUUUCGCUUUGCUCCAGCGGCAUUCCUCUAAGCCGGUCCUACCUACCAGUGGUUGGAAAACUUUGGGAGAUGAAGAAGAUUUGGCCAAACGAGAAGAUGAGUUUGUGGAUCUAGGAGAUGUGUGACUUGUUUUCUCAGUUUUGGGGAAAAAGGAACGUUGAAGAUUGGGACAGGAAUCAAACACAUUUGAUCUCUGGAUUGGUGUGUCAUGCUGAAGCUUCAUACUGGGAGGGUCAUUGCCUGGUGCGGUGUUGGAGUAAACCCGGGCCUUCGGGAAAAGAGCUGGUUCUCACUUUUCUCCGUGGUCGUGAAAGGCUAUGCAAUUAAAACCAUAUAUCUAGUAUUAUUAAUUGAGAGGGAUUACUACUUGACCUAUAAAAGGAUCGUGGCUGUUUUCUGAUGCUUAAGUAUUACACGGAACCUACAAUGGCUGGUUUACUAACUAAAAAGGGCUUUGUAAGAUAUUCUUGAACUUGAUACUCUCUUCAGUUACUUUCUGUGCCAAGAAAAUUUAUCCAGCCGUUGGGAAUAGUAAGUUUCUCUAUAACCUAUCUCAAUUAGAAGCAAGUGCAGCUUUACGUGAAAUUCAUACGGUGAAUUGAAUGAUUCAGAUUAGAGGUAUUAGGAUGUAUGGCAUUUGUUUAAACAAACUAUUGAUAGCAUUUUUCCAUCUACCCCACUUGCCUGUAGGAAAGCUGGGGAAACACCCCGUGUCACUCACUGUAGUUCCAGACCCUCCUUUCUAGACUGUGUCACGUUGUGUGUGGGUGGUGGGCUGACACGCACUGACACCUCCAGGACUUACCCUGCCUGCUUUGGACCACACCCUCCGUGCUCCCUGCCUUGGUGCACAUAGUCCCGGUUUAUUGCUGCUAAACCUAUCAUUCAGCUGGGGAAUAUCUUUGGUUUGCCCAGGGGAGCUUCCAUUCUUCUGGAGUCUUUCAGUGUUGGAAAUUAAUUGCUUUGCCAGUUUCUAAUGCGUGCCAAGCUCCGGAGCAUUUGCAGUGUGGCCCUCUGUAGCAACCCCGCAGAUGUUUCCUCCCACUGUCUGCUGCCUUCACAGACACACGAGGUAGGACCACCUUUGAAUGUGGCUUUCGUACGAAAGCAGUUAAACAUAAAUGUCAGAAGCGAUGAUUAUUGUAUAGUACCUCAGUGAUUUAAAAAGCCAUAGAAGAAACUUGAUUAUGCCUGAUAUCCUUCUUGGAUCUGCUGUCUAAAUGAUAUAUAUAUUUUUAAUGCAGGAAAGCACACUUUGUAACGACCAGUUUUUUUACUCUUAAUGGAACCCUGUCAAAUCCCACAAGAGGAAGGAAAAAAAAAGAAUCUCAUGCUAGACUGUUUCAAACUGAAUGUUUGCCUUUUAUAUACAUUUGCUCUCCAAUAUAGAUCCCAAUUUGAAUAUUAACUGUUCAGAAAAACUUUCAGUUGCUCAAGGGAAGUAAGAAAUCUUGAAAGUAUUGAUAAAGAGGAGUUUCUAAGUUUGCACUGAAUUGUUUGGUACACACAACAGAUUGUUUUGCUCUUCUCCUGACUCCAUGUUAGCAUGUUUGGUUGGUCUGCAAUGAGGACAGAUUUGAGGGGAGGGCAGGGUUCCUGCGUCGGGGGGGCAAACACAUGUCAAGCCUUGGUCACCUUAGGCAUCUUGCUAGUGAGGUCAGUGUUAGGUUUGCAAGAGGGAUUUUAAAAAUACACUAGUUCAUUAGUCACGUUCACACAUGUCCCCUGGGCCUUCUUAAACUAGCACUAACCUCCACUUCUCUGACCCAUUGCCUCCCGAAUACACUAUGGAGCUAUUUUUGUUACCAUAUUACAAGGCGAAUAUUUAUAUGGUAGCCUCUUCAGUCUUAGGAUCUUAGCGAUUUUCAUUCCAGAAAUGCCCGGUGUGAUGCUUUACACUCCACAAAGUAUGGUUUAAAGGCACAAGGUCAUGGCUUUUGUCACACCAGUUGAAUGUGCAUUGAAAUAUUUUUCUACGAUUUUUUUUAAAAAACUUCAAUAGAAAACGAAGGAAGCUGUUUUAACAUGUAAGGUCAUGACAAUUUAUGUAUUUAUAUUUGAAAUCAGAUUUCUAUAACUUGUAUUUGUGUACAGAAUUCUCAGUGGGUUUAUAUAUUGUGGAAUUUUUAUUCAAGUUUGAGAGGUGGGUUAUGCUUAGCAGUUAAAAGCUCGAAUGAGACCAUUGACUUUGUUGAAAAUGCUGCACUGUGCAAGUUUGAAAAUGUACAUUAGUUUACUGUAUAUAGUAUCUUGAGUUUGUUUAUACCUCCGAGUUUUUACACUGAAGAUAAACUAGCUUUAAUUAAAUCCAAAACUUUCCUUUUUUUUUUCUCCAAGGGAAUAAGCUGUUGGGCUAAAUCUGUAUAAAUGUGCUUUUUAUUUUCUGGAUGUACAACAAAAGUUUAUACUUGUAUCUCACUGCAUCAUAUCUGAUUGCAGAAAUUAAAGCACAGUUUAAAAGCAAUACUGUAUUUGAUGUGGUUCGUAUAACACAUGGAGUCAUUACUUUCAUUCAUUCAGGAAUUUUUUUUUAAUUGUACUUUAGGUGAAGUUUUACAGAACAAACUAGCUUCUCAGUAAACAGUUAGUACACAUAUUGUUUUGUGACAUUGGUUACCAACCCCACAUGUCAGCACUCUCCCUUCUCGACCUCUGGUUCCCUAUUACCAGCUUUCCUGUCCCCUCCUGCCUUCUAGUCCUUGCCCCUGGGCUGGUGUGCCCCUUCAGUCUCGUUUUGUUUUAUGGCCCUGUCUAAUCUUUGAAGGGUGAAUCUCAGGAGUGACGUCAUUACUGAGCUAAAGGGGUGUCUGGGGGCCAUACUCCUGGAGUGUCCCCAAUCUCUGGCAGGCCAGUAAGUCUGGUCUUUUUAUUUGUGAGUUAGAAUUUUGUUCUAUAUUUUUCUCUGGCUCUGUCUGGGACCCUCAAUUGUGAUGCCUGUCAGAGCAGUCAGUGGUGGUAGCCGGACACCAUCUAGUUGUACUGAACUUAGUCUGGUGGAGGCCAUGGCAGUUGUGGUCCAUUAGUCCCUUGUGUCUUUAGUUUUCUUCAUUCUCCCUUCCUCCUGAUGGGGUGAGACCAAUGGAGUAUCUUAGAUGGCCAGUCACAAGGUUUUAAGACCCCAGAUGCAACUCACCAAAGGAGAAUGUGGAACAUUUUCCUUAUAAGCGAUGUUAUGCCAACUGAGCUGGAUGUUCCCCAAGACCGUGGUCCCCACACAUUGUGGAAAUGUUUUUAAGCAUGCGCGAGGUGCCAGAAGGAAGCCCUGGGUGGUGCAGAUGAUUGAGUGCCCAACCACUAACUGAAAGGUUGACAGUUCGAACCCACCCAGAGGCACCUUGGAAGAAAGACCUGGUGAUCUGCUUCUGAAAGAUCACAGCCAUGAAAACCCAAUGGAGUACAAUUCUACUGUGCACGCAUGAGAUUGCCAUGAGUAGGAACUGAAUCAAAGUUAACUGGUUUUGGUUUAGUAGGUACCGGGGAAAUGGGAAGUACUGC